AGGAGGACACUCAGUGGCUCUCACGCUAUGUACACAAAGCAACAGCUCGCCACCCUGGUCUCGUGGCUUUUGUGAUGGAUAGAAUUUAUGAAAGGUUCCUCAAGCACAGUCCUGAAACUUUGACUUUCGUGAAAGUCUUCACUUACAUCAAGUCUUACGAUUUCCAAGCGGGCCUUAAGCGCCUCCGUGCAGCACCACAGCUUAAUAGCAUGACUGAUGAUGAAAAGCAACUAGCGGAUAGUGUUCUUUUCAAAGGAGGUAUCACACUUCGCUCUGACGUAAUCCCGUGCUAUGGACGACUACUUAAGACAAAUGUCCUUACUGACAUUAGUUCUGCUGAAAUGGAUGGUCUUACAACUCUUGAUUUUCCGGCGCCAUUGCUUCGUGCCAUUUACCUUCAGGACCGCCUUGGUGCAGGACCUCGACCUGAAGUCGGACCUAAAACAUUUAAAGAGUUCAUUAUUUUGGUCUUUGGUGCGAUGAACUCAAAGACAUUGCAGAUGAACUUAGGUGUAGGAAAAGACGGCCGACUCCUCGAGCGUGUUUGGCAAAUGGAGUUCUAUCGGGCAGCAAUGCAAAUUCUUCCUGCUGAUAUCUAUGCUUCAGUAGACGUUGGUGUGAUUUUCGGGUCAGACGGAUACUUGGAUUUUUAUGUCGAUGACAAUCGUAACUGGGCUAUUGAACUUUUACGAGAUGGAGAACGCAUGAAAGAACAUGAGAAUAGGUUCUAUGAUGACGGUCGAUACAGUACAAUCCUCGAAAUUGCAAAAGAGUGGGCAAUAGUUGAUAUUCGACAGUCUAGAAGCAUGCCAAAAAACAUUAAACCAAAUUUCAUUUACGUUCUUUGCUCUGACUCAUUCGAUUACGUUGUGUUGAAAUUUGCUGAUGGAAAGGAGCAACAUGUUAAGUUGUUGGGAGAAGCUCAUUUACUUGGAUAG